AUGGGACUUGCCGAGGGCAUCGGUCAGAGCCAGUUCAAACCCAGGCUACGCGUGGUUGUGGGCGGAAAGAUAUACGAUGUCACAGAAUUUGCUGAUCGACACCCAGGAGGGAGGGAGGUACUGGAGAAACAUAACGGACAGAACGUGGAGGAGGCUAUGCAGAAUCCUGCAGUCCAUGGACACACCAAAAGUGCCUUUGUUCUUUUGGAGAAGUACUUUGUGGGAAAUGUAGAUUCUUUGCGUUCGAAG